AUGGGGGAUUGGAACUUGUUGGGGAGCAUCUUAGAAGAGGUACAUAUUCAUUCAACCAUCGUGGGAAAAAUCUGGCUAACCAUCCUUUUUAUAUUCCGGAUGCUCGUUCUUGGUGUGGCAGCAGAGGAUGUGUGGGACGAUGAGCAGAGUGAGUUUGUGUGCAACACGGACCAGCCUGGGUGUAAGAACGUGUGCUACGACGAUGCAUUCCCCAUUUCUCUUAUCCGAUACUGGGUGUUACAAAUCAUUUUCGUGUCCUCUCCCUCUCUGGUAUACAUGGGACAUGCACUGUACCGUUUGAGGGCCCUUGAAAAAGAGAGACACAAGAAAAAAGCCUUCCUGAAAGCGGAGCUAGAGGGCGCUGAGCCCGUUCACGAGGACAGACAGAGGAUAGAGAGGGAGCUGAGGAAGCUGGAGGAACAGAAGAGAGUAAGGAAAGCUCCACUCAGGGGCUCCUUGCUGCGCACAUAUGUUUUCCAUAUCUUGACGAGGUCAGUGGUGGAGGUUGGCUUCAUAGUGGGACAAUAUGUGCUGUACGGAGUUGGACUGGAUCCUUUGUACAAAUGUGAGAGAUUGCCUUGCCCGAACAGUGUGGAUUGCUUUGUGUCCAGACCAACUGAGAAGAACAUUUUCAUGAUCUUCAUGCUCGUCAUCGCUGGGGUUUCUUUGUUCUUGAAUCUCCUCGAGAUAUUCCACCUGGGAGUGAAGAAAGUCAAACAAAGUCUGUAUGGAAAUAAAGGUACAGAUGACGAAAGCUUAUUAGUGUUCAGGUCCAAGAAAAACUCCAUGGUCCAGCAGGUGUGUGUCCUCACAAACUCAUCACCCCAAAAGAUGAUGCAACUCACUCAGACGGCCUACACAAUGGUCCCUAACAGCCACGUGGAUGCUAUCCCCUUGUACCUGCAUUCGGUAGCUCCUCACAACGAUAGUGGUGGCACCAACGACUCAGAGCAGUACCUCAGACAGACUGAGCUCCAGUCCCUGCGACAGCUGAGGACUGUGGAGCACCACUACACCCUGGACCAGAGGAACCACUCAUGCAGCAGUGAUGACUCCAACGGGCCUAAAGGCUCAUGCCAUCCCAGGCACGGCGGAGCACAGCCACGGCCUUCCCUAAUGGCCAGCCAUAUGGAGAUACCAGCAGCCCUGUGGAACCAGCUACGCAAGCAGAGCCGGGUCAGCGCUCUGCAGGAUUACAGUGACAUGAGUGAUUCACCUGACAGUGGUCACUAUCCCACGGGGAGGAAGGCUAGUUUCAUGUCCCGAGGACUCUCUCAGACCAACCUGGACAGUCCUUCUGAUAGCCCGAACUCCGGGAGUGGGACGGACACAGAGGCCAAGCGUAUCGCCCAAGGAGAGAGCCCACCUAUGACCCCGCCUCCAGCCAGUGGACGAAGAAUGUCAAUGAGCAUGAUUCUGGAACUGUCUUCAAUCAUGAAAAAGUGAGAACUGGCUGAGGGACCAGAAGGAUCUGGGGACACUGAUUACGAAGCAACAUUCCCCUUCUAAUUGCCUAAUUGUAUUCAUAAUAACAUAUGUAUUGUGGAUGAGCAGUAAACGCAUUAGUAUAGUUACACUGAACAAAAAUAGAAAUGUAUCAUGCAAUUUUACUGAGUUACAGUUAACAUAAGGACAUCAGUCAAUUGAUAGAAA